AUGAGCGGCAAACGGCAUAUCGUCGUCUUUUCCGGUGGAAGCGCAGCGAACAAUCUCGUCGAUGUCUUCGGCAAGGUUGCUGAGGAUAAGGGCUGCUCGUUGAGCUAUAUCAUUCCUAUAUCUGACAACGGAGGCUCGUCGAGUGAGCUCAUUCGGGUAUUUGGGGGUCCAGGAAUCGGGGAUGUCAGGAGUCGUCUUGUCCGGCUUAUCCCUGAAGAUCCCUCUUCACCAGAAACAACCGCCAUCAAAACGCUCUUCAACCACCGUCUCUCGCCUGACCCCUCUCUCGCCCGGGUAGAGUGGCUCAACAUAGUCGAGUCGCGGCACCUCCUCUGGACAUCCAUCUCUUCUGAGAAGCGAGAACUGAUUCGCUCUCUUCUCAACACGAUCAACCUCGAAAUAGUCAAGCGUCUUCGCCCAACCUCCUCCUUCAACUUCCAGUCCGCCUCUGUAGGAAACCUGUUUCUGACCGGCGCCCGGCUUUUUACUGGCUCUUUUGAGUCUGCCAUUUACCUACUCGGCGCGAUCACUGGCGUGCCUAGCAACAUCAACGUGAUCCCGGCCAUCAACAGCAAUUUCUCGCAUCAUAUCUCUGCCGGUCUGCAGGAUGGCACCCACAUUACGGGUCAGAACGCUAUUUCGCACCCGUCUGCUCCUUCUGCUCCACCACCAAACCCCACCAACUUUUCCUCGGAGACCAACACGGAAGAAGAGACUAUAGAUGGAGGGGAAGAGAUGUCACUGACAAGUCCAACAAUGCUCCACCACCGCACUCUUUCGACAGAGCUCAGCGAGCACGAACUUAUCGAAGACGCCAACCUACCUGGCUCUCUACCCACGCUCCGCAAACAAUACAUAUCCUUCGCCAAAACCCACACCGCCGACCUCCCUUCUCGUAUCGAGCGCAUCUGGUAUAUAAACCCGUACGGCCAAGAGAUCCGACCAGCGCCCAACCCAAAAGUGAUUUCUUCCAUCUCCGAAUCUUCGGCGAUAAUUUACUCUAUCGGGUCGCUCUACACAUCCAUCAUACCGUGCUUAAUCCUCCGUGACGUAGGCUCCUCUAUUGCCUCUACCGCGAAGAACAACGACGGGAAUGCCAAGUAUAAGAUUUUGAUCUUGAACGGGAGUUUAGAUCGCGAGACAAGGGCUGGGGGUGUGGAUUUCACGGCAAGAGAUUUCGUCGCUGCCAUUGCGGAGGCGUGUGCGAGUUCUAGAGGUGAUGCGAGAGGAAAGGCGGGGGUGGAAGUGGGAGUGGAGGGCUGGAGAGAGUAUGUCACCCACGUCAUCCAUCUCCAAGGCGAUGGCACGCCCCACGUCGAGAGAGAAGUGCUCAUGCGAGCUGGGAUCGAAGUCGUGCGGAUCUAUGGGAGAAAGCAGGAGAAGGGAGAAGGAGACGGGGGAGGAGGUAUGGUGUAUGAUGGCGCGGCUCUGGGACAGGCAUUGGCAGCUAUCAUUGGAGGUAAGCAGAAGAAAGCGCCUGGUAUGCAGAACCGACGGAAUACCAUGGGCGUGCCCGGUGGUGUACUUACGGGUUAA